UAACAAAGGUCUCGCGAUACUUAUUUCAGUGGCGGCUGUGUGGCCCCCUGUCUCAGCCCGGACGGAGUUGUUUCUGCCAUUUGAAUGAAAAACAGUCUGAAUUGCUACCACUUUGGACCGAUGAAAUAAUGGCUUCAGCCUUGGAGCAGUUCGUGAACAAUGUGCGGCAGCUUUCUGCUCAAGGUCAGAUGACACAGCUGUGUGAACUGAUCAAUAAGAGUGGAGAGCUGUUGGCCAAGAACCUGUCCCACCUGGAUACUGUGCUGGGUGCCUUGGACAUACAGGAACACUCCCUGGGGGUGCUGGCAGUGCUGUUUGUGAAAUUCUCCAUGCCAAACAUCCCUGACUUUGAGACACUCUUUUCCCAAGUCCAACUCUUUAUUAGUACCUGCAAUGGGGAGCACAUCCGAUAUGCAACAGACACUUUUGCCGGCCUCUGCCAUCAGUUGACAAAUGCCCUUGUAGAACGGAAACAGCCAUUGAGGGGUGUCGGAAUUUUAAAACAGGCAAUAGACAAAAUGCAGAUGAACACAAACCAACUUACCUCAGUUCAUGCAGACCUGUGUCAGCUGUGCUUGUUAGCGAAGUGCUUCAAGCCCGUCCUCCCGUUUCUCGAACUUGACAUGAUGGACAUCUGUAAGGAAAAUGGCGCUUAUGACGCUAAGCACUUUUUAUGUUACUACUAUUACGGAGGAAUGAUCUACACGGGUCUGAAGAACUUUGAGCGAGCGCUGUAUUUUUAUGAACAGGCAAUAACCACUCCAGCCAUGGCUGUCAGUCACAUCAUGUUGGAGGCCUAUAAGAAGUACAUUUUGGUCUCCCUGAUUCUGCAUGGCAAAGUUCAACAGCUCCCCAAAUACACAUCACAGAUAGUUGGAAGGUUUAUAAAGCCUCUCAGCAAUGCAUACCAUGAACUUGCUCAAGUGUAUGGCACCAACAACCCAGCAGAGCUGCGCGCCCAGGUGAACAAACACAGUGAGACCUUUACACGUGACAACAACACAGGCCUGGUCAAGCAGUGCCUGUCCUCCCUCUACAAAAAGAACAUCCAGAGGCUAACAAAGACUUUCCUGACGCUAUCCUUGCAAGACAUGGCGAGUCGAGUGCAGCUGUCAGGGCCCCAGGAGGCCGAAAAGUAUGUCUUGCACAUGAUUGAGGAUGGUGAGAUCUAUGCCAGCAUCAACCAAAAGGAUGGUAUGGUCUGUUUCCAUGACAACCCAGAGAAAUACAACAACCCGGCAAUGCUUCACAAAAUUGACCAAGAGAUGUUGAAGUGUAUAGAGCUGGAUGAGAAACUAAAGUCCAUGGAUCAAGAAAUCACAGUAAAUCCGCAGUUUGUCCAGAAGAGUAUGGGAACGCAGGAGGACGAUGUCGGCAGCAAAACGUCAAGUUAUUCCUGAGGGCCAUAGACAGGGUAGAACACUGCUACUGUUCAGGUUCUCGUUGGAUUACUUUUUUUUUUUUUUUUUAAGAGGAGAUGCAUUCUAUUGAGUUAUGGACAUUGGUCAAGGAAAAUCUAAAUGUGUGGAAUGAUAAUUUGGUUCUUUCUUUCACGGUGUCUUGAGGAAACCAUAACAAAACAAUUUUGUCAGUGUUUUAUUUAUCACUGUUCAGGUGGAAGAGCCACUGCUGCAUUAACAAACAUAAUAAAAACUGGACUUAUUUGUUCAAAAA